AAGGUUUUCAGUUAUCAGACCAUGAAGCAAUGCUACUACCUUUCCCCAGGGUAGGGACAUCUCCCGUAUGGGUCUAGUGAAGCUGGCAGAGCUGCUGUCUCAGGUCCCCUGGCCUUCAGGACAUGACCCACCGAUGGUGUACCAGUCCCCCCAUGUGGACUGUAGCAGCUCCCUCUGGCUGCACAGCCUGUACUGCAGCCUGACCGGCCAGCCGAAGGCCCUGUUUGCCAGAAGGGACGUCAGCGAGAGGGAAAACAGGUCCCUCAGGAAGGACCUGCUGCACCAACUUCUCAACCACAUACAGGUGGUUCAUCCAUGGGCGGUUGAUGCAGACGAUGUCCCCAACUUAGCUGCCUCCUGUCAAGAAACCAACAUGUCCUGGGAAGGCGACAUGUGGAGUAACUUGUACAACACUAGGCAGGGCAGCAGAGAAAAUGUGGCCUGGAAUGCCAAGGCUAUUAUGAGGACCUGUCACCUGUCUGCUGACAAAGAUGGUCCGCAGUACGGUUGGCUGUUGCUAGGCAGCCACUCCAUGACCCCAGAGUCCUGGGGAGAGGUCGUGUUAGGUCAAAGGCCAAACCAUGACCCCUCCUAUCGCCUGCACAGCUGGGAGCUCAGCGUACUCAUACUGCCUCACUUAACUCACAACCAAGGUGUGUCAAAGCUGUUCUCACCUGACCUGGGCAGGUGGGACCUCCCAGGUAGCCCCGCACACCUGCGCAGGUGUCCCCCUGGAGGGUUACCUGUGCCCACGCUCCUUAAGAUGUCCCGUCAGGAGGAGAAGACGUUGUGGCACCUGGUGGGACAGGUGAAGGAGAUACAGAGGAGUGGACUGAGUGUGCUGGUGCGCAAGGUGCCGUACGAGACAGAGACACUCUCCAGCGGAAGACUAGCUCUUCAAUGA